CAGCUUCCGGAAGAGCUACUGCUUCAAGUCGCACUCUAUCUACCUGACUCAACAACGCCCAGGCAUCUCAAAAACCUAUGUCUUACAUCCAGAAAGCUGCGACCCAUAGCCCAGGAAGCUCUUCACACGACAGCAAAGCUUGCCAUUUCUUGUGGUUGUCAUCCCAAAGUGAAUGCAGUAGUCAAGCUACUCCGUACACUGUUGGAUCGACCUGACCUCGCCACCAAAGUAAAGACACUGCGCUUUCGAGCAGUGCGCAAACGUGUUGAUAAUCUGUAUGCGGAACACGGUUUCGAAAUCCUGGGGUUUCGCAAUCGAUGUAUUCUGCAAGUGGAAGAGCUAGGCUACCAAUCAACACACCCUUGGUGGCGGUCAAUCAACAACUCCGUUGAGUCGGCCUUUGGAGGUCUGUUACUGGCAUUACUCCCUAAUCUGACCGACCUCGACUUCUGGAUCAAGGAUCACCAUCGUGGCCCGCCGUCGAGUGAGUGCAUCUCUGGCUUGUGGGGCGGUACAGCUCCACCGGAAACGAUCGUACACGGGUGGAAGAACAUCAGUCACCUAGUCACCGGUGACACGUCGAUGCUCAAGUGUGAUAUCGAAUUUGAAAAACUCACAAGCUUGGAUUUACGAACUGUCAGCAUCGGUACCGUGCUUCGACUGAAUGGUCCAGGCAGUCUACAAGGUGCUGAGAACGUCAAAGAUCUCGCUUUGACCGUCUCUAUACAGUUCGCAGAUCGACCUCUUGUGGAGAAGGCAGAGAUCGAAUUCAGCGAACUUCUCGAUGCUUUGGCUUGUCGCGCGCUAAGAAACCUCAAGAUCCUCUUCAUCAACGAUGGCUACCACAUUGGUGACGAUCUGGCAACAGAGCUGAACACUGGUUAUUUCCUUGAGCAACUAAGCAGUGUUCAGAAGACUCUGGAAACCUUGUCGAUAACGCUCGAAACUACCGAGGAAGAUGGAGAAUUGGAUUGGUUGGUUGACAUGUGCCAAUAUCCCACCAAAUCGUUGAAAGACUUCACAGUUCUGAAGUCGCUCAUUAUCCCACAGCCCUUCAUUUUUAAUCCUCAAAUACCAGGCUGGAAUACAGAAGAGUAUUGCCAACCGAAGGACUUGCCACCAAACCUUGAGCAGCUGGAGCUGCUGUUUCCGCAUGAGUCAGUGGAGGACUGGGUAGAAGGCUUCGUCAUCGCAAAAGAUAGUAGCAAUUCGGAUACCUGGCCGGCAGAGUCGCCUAUCAUCCAAGGACGACUUUCAAAAUUCAAAAAACUGGUUCUCACCUGUCGCGACGAUGUUGGCAAUGGAAUUGGUGCCAGCUACUUCACAGGAGAUGUUAACGAAGUGUGGUGGAACCUCUCGACAGAUCGUGGCAUCGAGACCGAAGUGCACGAUCAGCUCCGGGACACGAGGGAAAACUUGGCCGGCCUGUAUGAAGACGACCACUUGGAUAAUGAAGACAGCGACCUUGACGACGAGGAAGUUGACGAAGAUGCUUGGGAAGAUGAAGAC